GUGUUUGUGUUGGUGGUUUUUUUUUUUUAAAAUUAAAAACACCCCCCACCACUCUUAAUCUUGCAGGGAACCAAAUAUCUGUUCGAGGAGGUGAAGCACUGGCAGAGGCAUUGAAAGUGAAUAAAACACUGACCACUCUUAAUCUUGCCUGGAACCAAAUAUCUAUUCGCGGAGGUGAAGCACUGGCAAAGGCGUUGAAAGUGAAUAAAACUCUCACCACUCUUAAUCUUUCUGUAAAUCUAAUAUCUGUUGGAGGAAGUGAGGCAGUGGCAGAGGCAUUGAAAGUGAAUACAACUCUCACCGCUCUCGAACUAGGAGGGAACCAAAUAUCUGAUGGAGGAGGUGAAGCACUGGCAGAGGGAUUGAAAGUGAAUACAACUCUCACCACUCUUUAUCUUCGGAGUAAUAAAAUCUCAGACGGAGGAGCUGAAGCACUGGCAGAGGCAUUGAAAGUGAAUAAAACUCUCACCACUCUUUAUCUUCAGAGUAACAAAAUAUCAGAUGGAGGAGCUGAAGCACUGGCAGAGGCAUUGAAAGUUAAUACAACUCUCACAACUCUUAAUCUUUCUGAAAAUUUAAUAUCUGUUCGAAGAGGUGAAGCACUGGCAGAGGCAUUGAAAGUGAAUAAAACUCUCACCACUCUUGAUCUUUCCUGGAACAAAAUAUCUCAUGAAGGCGGGGUAGCACUGGCAGAGGCUUUGAAAGUGAAUAAAACUCUCACCACUCUUGAUCUUCGGAGUAACGAAAUAUCAGAUGGAGGAGCUGAAACACUUGCAGAGGCAUUGAAAGUGAAUACAACUCUGACUACUCUUGAUGUUUCCUGGAACAAAAUAUCUGAUGGAGGCGGGGUAGCACUAGCAGAGGCAUUGAAAGUGAAUACAACUCUCACCACUCUUGAUCUUUAUGGGAACCAAAUAUCUGAUGGAGGCGGGGUAGCACUGGCAGAGGCAUUGAAAGUGAAUAAAACUCUCACCACUCUUUAUCUUCGGAGAAACGAAAUAUCAGAUGGAGGAGGUGAAACACUUGCAGAGGCAUUGAAAGUGAAUACAACUCUGACUACUCUUGAUCUUUCCUGGAACAAAAUAUCUGAUGGAGGAGCUGAAGUACUGGCAGAGGCAUUGAAGGUAUGCACCGGUAUCGGUAUUCAUACCGAAAUACCGAUACCGAAAAUACCGAUACCGGCAAUACCGAACUUCGGUAUCGGAUGGAUUGGAUUUGGUGUACCACAAUGGCAUCAAUUUCGUCGAUAUACGUCAAGUGACAAAGAAUAUUAUGGUUUAUGGUCUUACUGUCAAGAUCAAAAUGUUACAAAAGUAUGUCAACGAUGGCCUACAGCUGAAAAAGAAUUAUAUAAUAAUGGCACACGUCCGCACUAUGUGAGCAUUACCGAAGCUCUAAUCACAAUGGGAAUGAUUUUAUUAACACUUGGUUUACUUGUAGCCGUUAUAGCAGCAUUAAUACCACUAUUAGUAUUUCUAGGUGCUGCUAUAGGAAUUUUCUCAUUCAUUCUUCUUCUUAUUGGUUUACCGGUGUUUGGUCGUGAAGCAAAUAGUUUAUCAAAGGAACGUGGUGAUGUUCAGUAUACCCAUCGUUACGGAUUUUGGUUGUUUGUUCCCGUUAUUAUUUUAGAAUUUUUAGCUACCAUGUUUUGGAUAGGAGCCGGUAUCUUAUAUGAAUUAUACGGUUUUGGAAAUGUUUCAACAAGAGGAUAUUACACAUUAGACAAAGUAAAAAGACCAGGUAAUGGAAUUACUGGUAAACCAAGAACACCAAUGCGACCAACUAUUAAUCGAGCACCAUCGUCUAUGUAUCAGUCAUUCGCCUCUUUGCCGUCAAUUAUGCAGGCUACGUCAGUGCGACUUAAUACUCCACAAUCGCAAAUGGUUUAUAACCGACCACCAAUACUCAGUAUACCAAACAGGGCACCAUAUCUCAGAAUAUAA